AUGGCUACUCAACCAUCUUCCCCAAAAGUUCCAACCUACGUCUACAAGAUCAUCCCGUCCUCAGCUGCUCCUCCCAACCCACUCCCAGACGCUCUCCCAGUCAGCCAACUCGAUCAGAGCUCUGGAUUCAUUCAUCUCUCCACCGCGAAGCAGGUUCCAGGCACACUCAAGCUGUUCUUCACACAAGAAAUUGAGGUUUACAUUGCGCGGAUCCCGUACGCAAAGGUUCAGGAACAGAUAACAUGGGAAGAUGCGAAAGGAGAUCAAGGGGAAAUCGGCAUGGAAGGAAUUUUCCCUCACCUCUACAAUGAUUUGAAACUGGGAAAGGAUGAAAUCGAGAGCGUCGUUUUAUGCAAACGGGAAGGAAAGGAUGUCCACUGGGAAGAUGUAAUGGCCAAGCUCUCAUGGCUGCAAUAUUGA